AUGGACUCAACGAAUCCUGACAUGGAUUCAACGAAUUCAUAUAGCCAAUAUCGUAGUAAUUACGUAGGGCUUCUAACCAGUCAAGGAGAAAAUGUAGUUUUCUCUCAAGAAAACUUUCAAACCUUUCCUUUUGAAAGUUUUCCCUCUAGUGUUGGAGAACCCGACAUCCCUCCUUUCAGUUCCCAACACUCAGAGGCUCCAGCUGUAACUGAAUACACACCGCCGGUUGCUCGGGAGAGAAAGAAAUGGACGCCAGCGGAUGAUGAGGUUCUGAUUAGCGCCUGGCUAAACACUUCUAAGGACCCCAUAGUUGCAAACGAGCAAAAGAUGGGCACCUUCUGGAGACGAGUUGAAGCAUACUACGCAGCAAGUCCUCACGUUACCCAGAGUGGUGGUGCGAGCUCUCAUAAGAAUCUAAAGCAGAGGUGGUCAAAGAUCAAUGGGAAGGUGAACAAGUUCUGUGGAGCUUACGCUGCUGCAGAGAGACGACAAACAAGCGGGCAGAAUGAGAACGACGUGCUAAAGGAGGCUCAUGUGAUCUACUUCAAGGACUAUAACACCAAGUUUACUCUAGAGCAUGCUUGGUGUAUCUUGAGGUAUGAACAGAAAUGGAUGUGUCUCAACACAAAUGCUACUGGUAAGAGGAAAACAACUGACGUCCAUCCACAAGCUUCGAGUGCCACUGCCAGUGCCAGUGCCAGUGCCAGUGUUGAUGUUGAUGAACAUGAGAAGCGCCCUGAAGGUAUAAAGGCGGCAAAAGCAAGAAGGAAAAAUGCUAAAGGGAAGUCUUUUGAGGAGUAUAAGGACAUGUGCAGCCUGAAGAUGGUUGAUCUAGCUCAGAAGGAGAAACUAUGCAAGCUCUCCAUACUUGACACUCUCCUUGCUAAGAAGGAUUCACUCACGGAGGCUGAAGAAAUAGUCAAGGAUAAACUGCUUGCCCAGUAUUUCUAA